AUGAAGUGGCUGCCUUUACCAAAAAUAGCACAUGCAAUUGCUAUUUAUCCAUUUGAUCCUUUAAAUAGUAUAAGGCCUAUAUCUACAGUUUCACAUCAAAAUAAUUUAAAUCAACAUCAUCAUGAUAGUAUUUCCAUUCACACAAAUGCUUCAACUUCUUCUAUCAAUCUUGAUCAACCCUCUACUAAUCCAGAAGAUUAUAGUUGCUUAUUACCUCUUGAAGUAGGUGAUGAACUUUUUAUAAUUGAACAACAGGGUCAAUGGUAUAGAGGUUAUGUAUUGACUGUACUUGAGGAAGGUCGUAAGCCGAAUAAAGCGCCAAUAGGUUGCUUUCCACGAACACAUGUACAAAUUAAAGAAUACAUCGACAUCGAUCCUGAUGAAGCUGAUACAGCAUUUCAAUUUUGUCAAUAUCGCGAUGUUUCAGAUGUUUCAUCACUAAGAUCUAGCUUUGACAUGCCGACUAAUGGAUUACUUCGAUCCUACUCUGAAUCCCAUAUCCAGUCUAGUAAUAAGACAACUAUACCAGAACAACAAACAAAUUCUUCUAUUCGUCCUAUUAGCUUUGAUUUGGAAACAUUAGAUUUAAAUAGAAAAAAAUCGACUUCUUUACUUCGAGAUAGUAAUAAUAUACCCCCACCUUCAUUACCACUUUCGAGAUUUGAACAAUCAACAGCUACUGGUAAUUCGGAACCAUUAGUUGAUGAAAUUGCAGCCUGUGUAAGUGAAUGGAAUAGCUUACUAUAUUCAUACAUCAAUCAACGUCAAUAUAAUACCUUCAAUAAAGUGAGAGAUAAUAUCAAUUAUUUAUUUCAGGCACGAAGACAGCUUUUAGAUCAAGCAUUAUCUAGAGAAGAAUUGAUUAAGCUUCGAAAGGAAAUUGUUCAAAAAAUGGUUAUUAGUAAUUUGGAGCAAGGUCAUGAAAUGAUUAUUAGACAUCCGGAAAAGGGUUAUCAACUAGAUGCUACAAAUGCUUCUUUGAGUACAAUUUAUAAAUUACACUGGAAAUAUUCUAUUUAUGCAAACAAAAAGCUAUCUUCUUCGACUCUAAUAGAUAACAAAAGCGCAACUGUAACACAUAUAAAGGCUUCUUCUCCCAGUAUCGAGCCAUCAAUGGCUCCUACUGAUAAUGGUAUUGCAUAUAAAACAACUCAAAUCGUAUCUGGUCAGCCUCAAGCAAAGGGCGCUAAACUUUAUCAUAUAUUAUUUGAAUUAAAAGCCUGUGUCGCUCAUAUCUGUCAACCUGGCGAGUUUACGGAGCUUUAUUUUUCACUUUAUUCUGCCAGUGAGCAUAAGUUUUUAACUGAAAAUUUUCUUGUCAUCUUGAACUAUAAUGGUAUGCCAAAAGAUGAAACACAGAUUGGUAAAUUACAAGCAUUAUUCAUCGACUUGUCUCCACAUGAUAUCUCUGAAAACCUCUAUAUGGUAUGCCAUAUCAUUCGAUUGGGAGGAAUGAAAUUUUCAGACGGUAAAGACCAUUUUGCAAGUAUCAGUAGUCAUACCUCACAAUUUUUUCAUACCAAUAAACAUUUUCAUCCACCUUUUCAAAAGCAAUCAACAGCAUUUGUAAAUACAGCAACGACACAACAUAUGUGUCGGCGACCAUUUGGCUGUGCUGUUCUAAAGUUGAAUAGCUUAUCAAUUCUUCAACACAAUAAUGAGGAUAUUCAAAAAUCAACCCUUGAGUAUGAUAUGCCUAUUUAUACAGCUACUACUGAAUCUAACUAUUCAACGUUACAUGAGGACAUUAUUUCUAAUAACAUGAAAGAAUUUUCAAAGAACACGAGAGCAGAUCUAUUACGCGUCUCAGUUCGCUCCUUUUAUGGCAUCCUGACCUCUAUACUGAAUACAAAUGCAGCUUUAUUACAUGGUAUUCCUCAUACUUUACGAUUAGGUUUUGCCGAUGUUGCAUUCCCUAAUGACAGUCGUAACGAUCUUUAUAUUAAACUUGAAUUAGGUGACUUUAGUCAGCUUGGUCGGUCUCGUAAUAUUCAGGUUACAAUAUGUGUUCGUGAUAAUAGAACAGGCGAGAUCAUUAAGAGUGCUAUCGUAAUGGGUGCUGGGGCUCGACCUGUUAGUUAUUGGGAAAGUACAGUGAUUUAUCAUGAACAGAGGCCAAAAUGGGGAGAAUUAAUCAAGAUAAACAUUAAGGAUGUACAACAAUGGGAACGAUCUCAUGUCUUCUUAACUAUCAAGCAUCGUAGUAGCAACUUUAAUGGAAAUAUUUCUUCCAACAACAACAACAAUAAUAAUAAUAAUAAUCUUAUUAGUAAUACAAGUAUAACUUUACCUAUUGCAGGAAAUACCAAGUCCCCAGGAACUACUUCAGUUGUCUCUACUUCAACAGGAGGAGGAGAAAAGAUCUUGGCUAUGGGAUUUUUACCUUUAUUUAUGCCCCCUAUGCAUCGUGAUUUUAUUGCUGAUGGCACACAUACACUUUAUUUGUAUAAAUAUGAUCGUCAAUGCUCAAUGACUCGUUUUUAUCUGGAUAGUUUGCCUUGGUGUGCACGAUCUACAGAGCCAUCUAACACUUAUCAUCAGGCAAUGACAGACUCAACUAUGAAGGUAUCACGGCCUUAUUAUUGGAAUAAUACAACAGGAAGUUCUGGUAAACUAGGUCAUCGUCAUUCGCCAUCCUCUCAAAGUUUUCAGAGUACAACUAGUUCCUUUGCUUCAACAAUAGGCGCACCUUUAAAUACAAUAAGCGCUUCUACAAGUAUGAAUGAUAUUACAGCAUCUCAACAACAACAAUCUUCAAAUUCAAAUAAUAACAAACUUGUAUUAUUACGUGAUACAGUCACGUUAUCGACUUAUCUAUGUUCAAACAAACUUACUCAAAAUAAAACCCUUGUCAAAUUAUUAAACUGGCAAAUGUUAUUGUCAGAUUUCGAGGACAAUGGUACCUCAAUGCUACUCUCUGUGUUGGAUCAGCUUACAUUUAUUGGAGAAGUAGAAGUUGUAAAGUUUUUGAGUGACAUCUUUGAUGCGCUCUUAGAUAUUAUGGCUUGUUAUCAGCAGGAGGAACUCGUCAGCAGAGAAAUUAAUGAUCAAGUGAUGGCGGCUAUAAUUUGGUUAUUAGGUAUUGUUCAAGACAGACGAUUUAGUAACUUUCGACCUGUGCUAGACGUUUAUAUUGAGAAUAGAUUCUCAUUACAACGAGACAAUGGCCAUACACCUGAGCAUAUGAACAGUCAUUAUAAGCCUAUAAUUGAAAAGGAAGAAGCGACUUAUAAAUGUCUUAUCAAAAGCUUAACGCGUUUAUGCGAGUCCCUAGGAGAUGCAUCUAAAGCAAAAUUAUUACGUAGUAGUAUGAAAGUAUGGGAUUACUUGUUUAAAUUUAUCGUCCGAUCACGUUUAAGUCAAGUUCAAAGCGGGAAUAAUAAUAACGAUGAUGAUGAUGAUGAUAAAUUUAAAACGAGUAUGGAACAAUUGAUAAGCGCAAUCACCUUCAUUAUGAAUCCCGAGCAUCCUAGCUCAAUGAUCGGUACACAAACAUUAUGUCUUCAAUAUUUUGCGGAUAUUUUAGUAGAAUUGCAAAAGAUAUUUCCUUCUCAGUAUGUAGUUGGUGUUGCUGUCUCAUUUAUAGAUGCUUGCUCUCAUGUCACCGGUAGGCUUGUAGGGUUCAAGCUUGCAAUGAUCUUAAAUAUCGCAAGGGGUCCUAUCUUUAAUGAUCCUUCUUGUAGACUUGAGAUGUCAAACCAUAUUUUUCGAUGGAUUCGACUUUGGAUAAACUCAUAUAUGACAACCGCGAAGGAUGUGAUCUUUGCUAGACAAGUAGAACAACAACAAGAUAGUCAUCAACAACAGAUACGAUUACCUCGAUCACAAUGGAUUGAAAAUUUAAGGUUAUCGAUUACUAUCAUGAGUGAGCUAUUAGAGAAGGUGAGGAAGUCAUUUGGUAUCAAUUCCUCAGGAUUGACAUCUUCCAAUAUUUCGUCACCUUCUAUUAGCAAUCUUUCUCGCCCUACAUCAUUUGCUGCUACUACUACUACUACUACAACAACAACAACAACAACGACAGAUGAUGAUAACAGUAUUCUUAAUAAUCAGGAGCCUUCUCAAUCAUUGAUUGACUUCAGUCUGAUAAUAGAUGAAGCACUUCAAUUGGUUCCACAAUUGUUAAAUGCCUAUAAAGACGUUCAAAGACUGACAAUUCAAGCUAUAUAUGCAUCUAGUCCUCUAUCUGCCUCUGCUGUCGUAGAUACGUCCUCAAAUAAUAUGGGAUCAAAUCCCUCUUCUCGUCGUCAUUCGCGCCAAUCGUUUUCUAUUUUGAGAGAGCGAUCAAGCUCUGCAAGUAGUAGCAACCAUUUGAAAAAUCCAUUCAUGUCUUCAGAAAUUUUACAAGAGAUUCAGGGGCAACAUCGUAAGUCAAAUUCUGUAGGAAAUGGUGGGACUAUAUCUUUAAGUCAUGCGUCUAGUAUUGGGAGUACGUUUGUCUCAGGGGCAAACAGCAAUGCCCAUUCAACUAUCGUGUGUAGCAACAACGGUGGCAACAAAUCAUCGUUUCCGGUAGUCCUCAAAGCCUUAGCCAACUCACCCAUGACACCUUUUCCAAAUACCUAUCCUUUUCAACCACCACCACCACCACCACUAUCAUCAUCACCAUCAGCAUCAGCAGCAGCAGCGCUUACAACAUUGACUCAUCAAGACCUUUUAACAGAUAAUUAUACAGCUAUGGUCAGUACAGGCCUAUUGGAUUUGACUGUAGUCUUAUUAGAAUUGUUUUAUCUUACACCACGCCAACAAUGGAUCAAAUUUAUUAAGAAAUUGUAUGAACAUGAUGGAAUCCAGGACACUACUGAUUUUUUGCGUAAAAUUGUUUAUACAUGCAUGGGCAUUCUUUUUGGUGAUAAUGUGAUGAUGUUAGAAGAGUCUAGUUUAACUGUAGAUGGUAUGGUGAGAUGUGAGGAAGAUGAGACACGAGACAGAAGGAAAAUACCUCAAAAUUGGUUAAAUUUAAAUGUUAUAGCCCAUCAAAUUGUACUUUGUCAUAUUUUGGAACCUAUAGCGUCCGCCUUUGAACAGCCUAUGUUUAUACCUGCAGAAAGAAGUUACAAGGAAUUAUUUGAUGAUAUCCUUGGGCACCAACCUGCUUUAUCGCCUGUGAGUGAAGAUGUUUCUCUAUCUUCUAAUCAUUCAGAGAUAGAACAACAACGAGAGAAAAGAAAUAGUAUGGCAAGUGCUAAAGAUAAUAACAACUCGAAAAAUAAUAAAGGGAUGACAGAGAAUGAAUCUAUCUUACUUUUAUGGCGUGUUUACUUUGUCGGCUUCUUGCGUGUCAUAGGAAGCCCCCAUCUAGAGGUCUCUGAAUUUAUGCCUCAAGUACAACGUGCGGUAUGGAAGAUCAUUGGAAAUAUGCGAGGUGAGCUUGGAGCGAAGAUUAUAUUGUCAUUAUGGAAUUUAGCAGGAAAAGUAGGAAGCCUUGAAACGGUUCCUAACAUGCUAUUUGACAAUGAAACUAAUAAACCCCUACAACACGGUAGUAGUGAUGAAAGUAAUCCUAAUCAAUCCAUCUCAACAACAGAUUCUAUCAUUUUUUCAGAUGAUACAGGAUUUAGAAAAAGUAUCACAUCUGUGAACGAUCAUCAUGAUCCUAACACAGUAUCAACACCUAUUCAUCAUUAUUCGACUCGAAAUAGUAUACGUAUCGCUCCAACUGAUGAAAUUUCAUUUUCUUCUAUUCAGGGGAAGCAUGAGGGUAAUGAACAACGAUCGCAGCCCAUCAAAUCGUAUGUUUCAUUUUUGCAGGCAGACUUGGCUUAUUUUAUUUUAAGUCCUAUGUGUGCUGCUUGUUUGACUUUACACGACCGUAUUCGCGUGAAUUCCCUUUCUAUCAUUGCUGAUAUUAUGGCUAUUGAACUUUAUUCCUUUGGUGAACUAUGCCAUGUACAGCAUACGUUAAUUAGUACCUUGGACCGACUUGUGAUGUCCGAGAAUAAAGGAGAUGAAGUCAUUUGUGCUCGUAUUUCAAUUGAGCUUAAUAAGGCAUUAGAACAACGGCUACAGUCCGAUGGUAGAGAUGAUCUUCUUAUGGUCGGGAAACGGUCUGUUGAUUCCUUGUGUAAAUUCAUGGGCCUCUUAUUGCAAAUUAGAAGUUUACCUUCAAACGACAAUGAAUAUAUGGAUGAACGUAUCACGGCAACCUUGAAGCUUAUGAAGUUCAUUCAAGUGAUUGAAAGAGAGGAAAUAUAUAUUAAAUAUGUACAUCAGUUGGUACAACUCCACCUUGAUAGUCGUAACUUUAUUGAAGCUGCCUUAACCUUACGGUUUCAUGCUGAUCUUCUUCAAUGGAACCCUAAUGAUAGUUUAAUAGAGAUUCCUGAACUUUCAUUACCUAUACAGAGCUCCUUUAUUCGAAAGGAGGGCUUGUAUAUGAAAAUGAUGACUUACUUGGAUCAAGGCAAUGCCUGGGAGCUUUGCAUAGAACUUUGCAAAGAACUUGCAUACGAAUAUGAAACGACCAUUUUUGAUUAUGCUAAAUUAAGUGAUGUCCUGCAGCGCCAGGCCAUCUUUGCUGAUAAUAUUGUCAAGAAGGAGCGUUGCUUUACAGAGUACUUUCGAGUUGGCUUCUAUGGACGAGGCUUCCCAGCUAGUAAUCGAAAUAGACAGUAUAUUUAUCGUGGACUUGAAUGGGAAAAGAUGGGCUCCUUUAUCGAAAGAAUGCAAAAUAGACAUCCUAAUGCACAGUUGCUUCCCAGCAAGAUAUCAGCUGCUAUAUCCAUGACGGAUGAACAAGUAAAGGAACUAAAUAGUACCUUGGAUGGACAAUAUUUACAAAUCACGUCUGUUACUCCCAUUCCUGACUUUGAGAAUGUUCUUUGUCUUUCUAAUCCAAACGCACCUGACUAUAUCAAGGAGUAUUAUUCUUUUAAUAGUGUUUCAAAAUUCUCAUUUUCUCGUCCUAUCGUAAAGGAAUCCUCUUCUGAUGAUACUGCAACAAAAUCCCCGGAGUCUGACUUUUUGAAUCUAUGGAUAGAAAAAGUUGAAUUUGAAUGUGAGGACAAGUUUCCGACAAUCGUUCGUCGAUCUAAAAUUAUUAAGUCUCACGUGAGUGUAAUUUCACCCAUCGAAAAUGCUGUUAUAGCCGUUGAGAACAAGAACAAGGAGUUGAUUUCAUUAGAAAAAAAAUACUCUUCUAUUUACCUCGAUCGUCCUACUUCUAGUUUACCAAAUCAACCUAUAAACAUUAGUCCAUUUUCAAUGUCCUUAAACGGUGCUGUAGAUGCCCCUGUCAAUGGUGGUAUCCCAUUAUAUAAAAAAGCAUUUUUAAGUAAAGAGUACUGGGAAAAAAAUUCUGAUAUGAGACAAUGGAUUUAUAGACUACAAUCUGCUAUUGAAGAUCAGGUUUUGAUUAUUGAAAAAUGUUUAGAUACCCAUAAUAAACUUGUAAGCAAUGAAAUGCGGCCAUUUCAUACUACAAUAACAGAAUUUUUCCACAAGAAUUUUGCUGAUGAAAUUAGGGGAAUUAAAGAAAAGAACUUGAAAGAAGAAAGAUCGAAUGCAUCUGUUAUAACAACUGGAUCUGCAGAUGGUCGUCGUCGUCGUCGUUCUACGUUAUCCAGUGGAACAGCAGAGAGUAUACAUCAUAGUUCACGUCAAUCUUAUGAUGAUACGGUCACGAAGACAAAUGCUUAUCAACAAACUAAUCCACCUGUAUUACCAAAUAUUCCUGUCAUGUCACCUAUUAGUCGAGCCUUUUCUAUUCGAACACCUAUUAUGGAAAAUUUUCCAUCUGUUUUCCAAAAUGGUGUCAAUCAGACUACCAUGUCUCGAGCAGAAAGUUUAUCACGUACGUUAAAAAUCUCACUUCGUAAAAAAUCCCGCAAGAAAACGCAAAGUACGGAUAACAUUACAUUCAAUAAUAACUCUAAUACAUAA